GGUUUGAACCAAUCACGUUACACGCUGAGCUCUGACGUAACAAACGGAGCUCAAGUGACAGAGCGCUCGCUCGCACAUAAUCAAGUGCGAUUAUUUUAUGGACGUGUUACUUGUUGAUGCGUUUAUAUCGUUCGCCUUUUACUAUAAACAAUAACAAGCAGUACGAGUCAUGCCCCUCUGCAUUAGUCCAAAUGAAGCCUGCGUGCAACGACUACACUUGUUGGAGAGCAAACUCCGCAGAAAAGAAGAGCGGAUUGCAGAGCUGGAGACUGAAAAUGCCUUGAUGCACCUUAAAUUAUCUGAAUGUUAUGGAAAACUUGAAAGAGGCAAUGAAGAGAAAAGCCGCCUUUGCCAGUUAUAUGAAGAACAGAAGACCUGCAAGAGAAUUCUAAUGCAAGCUGUCUCCAGACUGUUGGAAGAAAUUCAGAUCCUUAAGCAACAUGUAAAAGAUCUUUACCACACUUAUGUUACAUUCUAUGAAGAGCUUCAGAAGAACAGCCAGAAUUUCCUCACCGAAGUUACAGCGGCCAGUGAAAGCCUGAAGGUGCACUGUUUUGGUCAAAAUGGUUUUUAUACUCGAGUUCCCAUGCUGGAAAGGGCUUUGCAGGAAAUGAAGACACAAUAUGAGAAUGAAAGGCAGAAGAGAAAGAUACUGCAUAACACUUUAGUGGAGCUUAGAGGAAAUAUCAGAGUUCACUGCAGGGUGCGCCCAGUCUUACCUAAUGAUCAUGAAGAUACAGAAGCACCAUUCAGAUGUGGAUCCAUUUCAGAGAAAGUGAUUCAUGCCGUUAAUGAUGACACCAUCUUUGUUAGCAGCUCUAGACCUGGGUAUCCCACAGUGAACAAAAGGAUUGAAUUUGAAAGAGUGUAUUCCUCAGAAGAUUCUCAAGAAGUAGUAUUUGCAGAUGUGCGCCCUUUAAUCACUUCACUUCUAGAUGGAUAUAAUGUUUGUAUAAUGGCAUAUGGCCAGACAGGCAGUGGAAAAACAUACACAAUGAUGGGGCCGCUUGGUGAAGACAACUUAAACUCUGAAGAUCCUACAGAAGAAGGAAUUAUCCCCAAAUCAGCUAAAGAGCUGUUCAAAUUUAUUUCUGAAAGAGAAACGGGCCACUAUUCUGUGGAGGUUUCUAUUGUGGAAAUUUACAAUAAUGAAGUGUUCGAUCUGCUAGCAAAAGACAGUGAUGGAACAGUGCGAAGCAUCAAGCGGGAAGUUAUCACAAUGGUUAAUGGACGGAGCAGUGUGCCAUCUUUGACAUAUGAGCGAGUAGAAAAUGUAACUGAAAUCAUGUAUUUCUUAAACCUUGGGAUGCAACGCCGAGUGAAACAUCCAACACUGGUCCACACUGACUCCUCUCGCUCUCACCUGAUUGUUACCCUUACUGUUACAAUGCACGGCACUACACCUAGAGGCAUGGAAAAUGAACAGGAGUCAUCGUAUCACAAUUGUUCUUCAAUUAAAAAUACAGAGGAAUAUGUCCAGCUUUCUCCACCAAAGCCAAAUAUUUUAUUGGUGCCAGAACACUCGAAGCGUAUGAAAAUGAAAUUAGAACUAGUUGAUCUUGCGGGCAGUGAAUGUGUUGGAUAUUCAGCUGCUUUACCAGCUCCACCUCCUAAUGGCAGAAAGCUAAAAGCACAUAUGCUUGAGGCAGCCAUCUGUGUGCUGGGCUAGAAGUGUCUCUAAUUGUACAGAGACAAGUAAUUCAUUAUUAUCAGUCCAAACUAGGAGUGUUAUCAACCUGAGAAUAAAUAAAUAGUUGUAUUGUUUUCUGCUGUAAAGGUCUUAAAUCAUAUGAAUUCUAAAAGUAAACAUAAAGUGGAUAUCAGAAGUGUACACAUAGUUACUGAACUUUCAGUUUUCGUUGAUGUUAAGGCUGAAAUAAUUUUUUGAGAAAAUAAAGAAAAAUCCCUUUUUACACCAUGGCUGUAUGAGUGUACACACCUUUAUAUGAUGGGGUUUGGGUGACUGUUACACCCCAAUAUAUAAUUAAAGCGAAGUGAAGUUUUAGCUGUCUCACCAGCUAUAGCAGCCUAUGUCUUAGCACCCAGAGUGGCCUCUCACAAAUAGUUGGGCAGGUGGGAACAUUACAAGGAUACCUAUAACAGAGCACAGAUUUUAUUGUUACCAUUUAUAAUGGUGGGUAAGCUUCACAAAAUCUAAGG